GGCGUUUGCACUUUUUUUUAACGAGAGCGCUCCGGGGUUGGGGGAGUGGAAACCGCCGCCUUCCAGGAGUGAUUGGUGACCUCACCUCUCAGACUCGAGUCGUUCUGGAAGCCGCUGGAGAUUCCGGGUCGUGGGUAACCGGAAAAAGCCGCAGGUGACGGCGGAAGGAUGAAGUGCGGGGUCCUGACUCCAUUUCUUACUGGGUUGCUGGCUGUUUGGGCAAGCCACGGGUUGUACUGUCAAGCACAGGCGACAUCUGGCCACAAGCAGAGGGAGAUGCUGGAAGUGGAAUUUAACGCCAGUCAGCGCAGUCCACCAAGCAAGGAAGGGACCGUGCUCCACAGCGCCGUGACAGAGCAGCAGUACUACCUGAUGCAGCUCUUCAGGGUCUAUGGGGAAAACGGGAGACUGUCAUUUGAGGGCCUUCGCAAGCUGCUCACCAACCUGGGCCUGGGCGAGGUGCAGGUGGUGGAGAUCCAGCAUGAAGACCUUGGCCACGACCAUGUCUCGCACCUGGAUGUGCUGGAGCUGCAGGAGAACAAGCACGUGCACAGCCACACCGCUCUGGAGCAUCUCCCCAUGCCGGCCAGUGGGAGCCAGGGCCACAGGCUGACGGGCCAUCGCCCAGACAUCUCUGCCAGAGCCUCAGCCAUGACCUCCACAUCAGGGUCAGCGGAAAGAAGGCAGAACAAGAGCCCGCUUCCUGCUCCAGGUAGACACAAUGCGCUGCGAAGACUGUGGGAAGGCAGCCACAGAGGGGAGAGACUGCCGCGGCGCAGAGGGAAAGUAUCACGGAGCCUGACAGAGGUGACAGGGUCCCCCUCCUCAUCUGUCAAGGACAGCAUCUUCAACCACUCAAAGUACAACCACCUACAUGGAAACUGUUUGAACGUGAGCCAGCUCCUGGUCAAUUUUGGGAUGAGCACCAUUCAUGAAAUCACUCCGAAGCAGUUCUCUUACAUCUGCCCAGCCCUGCUCUACCAGAUCGAGAGUCGAGUCUGCAUCCACCAUCACGAUUCGCUGGAGAUUCAGCAGAACAGCAAGCUGUCUAAAUCAGUGUGGCUCUGGGGCUUUCUUGCCAUUACUCUGAUCAGCCUGAUGUCACUUGUGGCCAUUGCUAUUAUUCCCUUCCUCAGCCGCUCCUUCUACAAAGCACUCCUCCCGUUCCUGGUGGCGCUGGCAGUUGGCACGCUCUCUGCAGACGCUCUGCUUCACCUGAUACCUCAUGCUCAGGAUCACAGGCACAAGGGCUCGGAGAACACAGACAGCCGCCCACUCCUGGAUGGUAGGGACUUUCUCUGGAAAGGCCUCUCUGCAUUGGGGGGCAUCUACCUUCUCUUCCUCGUUGAGAGCCUCCUGCGUUUGUUCAGGAACUGCAACAGACAGGUGAAGCCACCAGACAACAGGCAGCAGAAGGAACAGGCUGGCCUCGAGAUGGGCGUUCCAACCAACACUGAACUUCGUUGCUUAAGACCUGCCCAAGAGCCUUGCAACAGAACUGAGCUGGAUCAGGAGGAAAAUGCAUCCAGUGGACCCUUCACUCACCAACCUACCAGUGAAAUCAGCAAAGGGCCCUGCAGGGAGUUCUCUGACGAUCCUCCGGCUGAAACGUGGGGGUCAGAGGAGCAGGAACAUGAGCAUGGACAUUCCCACGGACAUUCCCACCGUCUGGAAGGCCUACAGAGCUCUGGGAUAGUGGAUAUUGCUUGGAUGGUGAUGAUGGGUGACGGCAUGCACAACUUCACUGACGGACUGGCGAUUGGGGCAGCAUUUUCCGCAGGAAUUUCAGGCGGAUUGAGUACCACCAUUGCUGUGUUCUGCCAUGAACUACCCCAUGAGCUGGGUGACUUUGCUGUGUUAAUGAAGGCAGGGGUUAAAAUGAGACAGGCAGUGAAAUUUAACCUGGUAUCUGCUGUCCUCAGUUACUUGGGCAUGGUGCUUGGAAUUGCUGCUGGACAGUACACAGACAAUGUAACCCCCUGGAUCUUCGCAAGCACCGCAGGAAUGUUCCUUUAUGUUGCUUUGGUUGACAUGCUUCCUGAAAUACUGCAUGGACAAUCGAAAACAAGACAAUACAGUUAUCUCACUCAUUUUGUCAGACAGAACCUGGGCUUCCUGCUGGGAGCUGGAGUCAUGCUGUGCAUUGCUCUGUUUGAGGACCGACUUCUCAUCGACAUCAGUUCUUAAUAAUUUACAGUCAACAAGCACAGAAAUGAGGUUCAAAAACAGAGUGUCUUCGAGCCGUCUCUCACAAGUAGAGUAUUGUAGCUAUAUACUUUGGAUAGAUUUUCAUAUUUCUCGAACUGAACUCCAGCAAUACUUGUUUCAAAGAUGCAGCAUACCCUCUGUUGAGUUGUUGUUAUUCCAAAACCUUGGUGUGGACGUGGGAGGGUCUGCCCCUGAUAAUGACUGAGGAAUUGUAUUACAGGAUCACAAAAUACUAACACCCACCGUGGUCUCUUCUGGAUUUCUCCAAACAUUCACACCUGAGGUACAGCACAGAAACAGACCCUUUGGCCCAUCUAGUCCAUGCCAAACUGGUAAUCUGCCUAGUCCAUCAACCCAGACCUGGACCAUAGCCUUCCAAGCCCCUCCCAUCCAUGCAUCCAUCCAAAUUUCUCUUAAAUGUUGAAAUUGAACCUAGAUCCACCACUUGUGCUGGCAGCUUGUUCCACACUCUCACACCCUCUCAGUGAUGAAAUUCCCCCUCAUGUCCCCCUUAAACAUUUCACUUUUCACCCUUAACCCAUGACCUCUCGUUGUAGUCUCACCCAAUCUCAGUGGAAAAAGCGCAUCUAUACCCCUCAUAAUUCUAUCUACUUCUAUCAAAUCUCCCCUCAUUCUCCUAUGUUCCGGGGAGUAAAGUCCUAACCUAUUCAAACUUUCCUUAUAACACAGAUCCUCAAGUCCUGACAACAUCCUCAUAAAUUUUCUCCACAUUCUUUCAAACUUAUUUACAUCUUUCCUAAAGAUAGGUGACCAAAACUGCACAUAAUACUCCAAAUUAGACCUCACCAAUGUCUUAUACAAGUUCUAACAUAGCAUCCCAACUCUUGUACUCCAUCCUUUGAUAUAUAAAAUCAAUUUGCUAAAAGCUUUCUUUAUGACCCUAUCUACCUGUGAUGCCACUUUCAAAGAAUUAUUCAUCUGUAUUCCCAGAUCCCUCUGUUCUACCACACUCCUCAAUACCCUACCGCUCACCAUGCAAGUCCCAUGUUGGUUUGUCCUCCCAAAGUGCAAUACUUCCCAUUUGUCUGCAUUAAAUUCUCAGCUCAUUUUUCCCAACUGGUUUAGAUCCUGCUGCAAACUGAGAUAGCCUUCCUCACUGUCCAGUACAUCCUCAAUCUUGAUGUCAUCCGCAACUUUGCUGAUCCAGUUUACCAAAUUGUCAUCAAUAUCAAUGAUCUGGAUGAUAAACAACAACAGACCCAGCACUGAUCCCUGUGGCACAUCACUAGUCACCGGCCUCCAGUCAGAAAGGCAACCAUCUACUACCACUCUCUGGCUUCUCCUGCAAAGUCAAUGUCUAAUCCAAUUUACUCUCUCAUCCUGAAUGCCAAGUGACUGAAUUUUCUUGACCAACCUCCCAUGUGGGACCUUGUCAAAGACCUUGCUAAAAGUCCAUGUAGACAACAUCCACUGCCUUGUCUUCAUCAACUUUCUUGGUAACAUCUUCGAAAAACUCUAUAAGAUUGGUUAAACAUGACCUACCAUGCACAAAGCCAUGGUGACUAUCCCUAAUCAGUCCAUGUCUAUCCAGAUACUCAUAUAUCCGGUCCCUUAGAAUACCUUACAAUAACUUUCCCACUACUAAUGUCAGGGUCACUGGCCUAUAAUUUCCAGGCUUAUUUUUAGAGCCCUUCUUAAACAAUGAAACAACAUUAGCUAUCCUCCAAUCCUCCGGUACUUCACCUGGAACUAAGGAUGUGUUCAAUAUCUCUGCUAGGGCCCCUUCAAUUUCUGCACUAGCCUCCCACAGGAUCCAUCUUGAACAUCUUGUCAGGCCCUGGGGAUUUAUUCAGCUAAUUUGCCUCAAGACAGCAAACUCCUCCUCCUGUGUAAUCUGUAUAGGGUCCAUGACCUUGCUGCUGCUUUGCCUCAGUUCUACAGACUGUGUCCAUUUCAUGAGUAAAUACAGAUGUAAAAAAUCCACUUAAGAUCUCCCCUAUCUCUUUCGGCUCCAUGAAUAAUAACCACACUGAUCUUCCAGAGAACCAAUCUUGUGCCUUGCAAUCCUUUUGCUCUUGAUAUAUCUAUAGAAGUUCUUGAGAUUCUCCUUCACCUUGUCUGCUAGAGCAACCUGUCUUCUUUUAGCCCUUAUUAUUUGUCCUCUUGCAAUUCCUUUACUCCUCAAGUACCUCAUUUGUUCUUUCCUGUCUACACCUCCUUUUUCUUAACCAGGGCCUCAAUACCUCUUCAAAAACAAGGUUGUUUCCUAAACCUGUCAUCCUUGCCUUUUACUCUGACAGGCACAUACAAACUAUGUAUUCUCAAAAUUUCACUCUUGAAGGCCUCCCACUUACCAAGUACACCUUUGCCAGAAAGCAAACCAUCCCAAUCCAUACUUGUCAGAUCCUUUUUGAUACCAUCAAAUUGUUUUUUCUCCAAUGUACAAUCUCAACCCACGGACCAGAUCUAUCCUUUUCUAUAUUUACCUUGAAACUUAUGGCAUUGUGAUCACUGGAUGCGAAGUGUUCCCCCCACACAAACUUCUGUCACCUUCCCUGCCCCAUUCCCUAACAGGAGAUCUCGUAUCACAUUCUCUCUAGUUGGAACUUCUAUGUACUGAUUAAGGAAACUUUUCUGAACACAUUUGUCAAACUCUAUCCCAUCUAGUCCUUUUACAGUAUGGGAAUCCCAGUCAAUAUGUGGAAAGUUAAAAUCACCUACUAUCACAACCUUAUGUUUCUUGCAACAGUCUGCGAUCUCUCUACAAAUUUGCUCCUCUAAAUCCCGUGGACUGUUGGGUGGUCUUUAAUAUAAUCCCAUUAACGUGGUCAUACCUUAUUUACUCUUCAGUUAAACCCAUAAAGCCUCAGUAGAUGAGCUGUCUAGUCUGUCCUGACUAGUAAUGUCAUCCUUCCCUCUUUAAUCUGUCCCACUCUUAUCAAGUCUAAAACAACAGAACCCCAGAAUAUUGAGCUGCCAGUCCUGUCCCUCCUACAACCAACUCUCACUAAUGGCUAGAAUAUCAUAAUUCUGAUCCAUGUCCUAAGCUCAUCCGCCUUUCCUACAAUACUCUUUGCAUUGAAAUAUAGACAACUGAGAAUUUUAGUCCUACCAUGCUUAACCUUUUGAUUCCCGACUUUGAACGAAGGCUUAAUAACAUCUUUCCCCACAACCACUCCACAAUCUGAAGCCCUCCCUCCCUCACCAUCUCCUUAGCUAUGUGCUAAACUGUAUGAUCUUCCUAUUUUUGGCUGAGCACGUGGCAAUUCUGAAAUCACAAUCCUGGAGGUCCUGUCCUUUAAGUUAGCCCUUAACUACCUGAACUCGCUUUACAGAACCUCGUCACCUUUCUUACCUCUGUCAUUGGUACCGGCAUGGACCACAACCUCUGGCUGCUCACCCUCCCACUUAAGAAUGCCGUAGACUCAAUCUGAGAUGCCCCAGACCCUGGCACCUGGGAGACAAUGUACCAUCCGGGAAUCUCACUCUCAUCCACAGAACCUCCUGUCUGUUCCCAUAACCAAUGAAUCCCCUGUCACUACAGCUCACCUCUUCUCCCCACUCCCUUCUGAGCCACGGAGCCAAACUCAGUGCCAGAGACUUGACUGCUGUGGCUUUCCUUUGCUAUGCCAAACCCCACACCAGUAUCCAAAGCAGUGAACCUGUUGUUAAGGGGAAUGAUCACAGAGGUACUCUGUACUGGCUGCUUAUCCCCUUUAUCCCUCUUGAUGGUCACCCAGUUACCUGUGUCCUGCACUUUGGGUGUAACUACUGUCACAAUGGGGGCAUUGGGAAUGGACCCAAAUGCAAUACACAGACACUGAAGUACUAGGAAGCAGGACCUGGGCUAGGACAUGGACAAGAAACAGGGAAACCGGACAGGGGACUAUGAACUAGGAGCCUGGGCUUGGACCCCGAGCCAGAGACUGGACAAGGAUCCAGAACUUCGGGCUUGGGCGGCAGAACAGGCAAGGACAUGACAUGACUGCAGGACUGGAGGCUUGGGGUCUUGAGGCUCGAGGCUUGGAGACUGGCUUGGGGUCUUGAGGCACGAGGCUUGGAGACUGGCUUGGGGUCUAGGGUACUUCAAGGCUUGGGUAUGGACUCCGAGCCAGAGACUGGGCAAGGACCCAGAACUUGGAAUUUGACUCGGGCUCGGACGCCAGAACUAGGCGAGGACAAGACGAGGCUACAGGACUGGACAUGGCUUGGGUGAGGAACUCCUGGGUAGGGCGAGACACAAGGACAGGUAAAGGCACUUGGACAGGACUCAGAUAGGACUGGACUAGGCACGGACUGGACGAGGGCCUUCAGGAGCACAGAGCCUUGGACUAGCAGGAGCACAGAACACAGAGCCAGGACCACUCUUUGGGAACAGGAUGUAGGGCCAGGACUCAUACACAGAACACUGAACAUGAAGAGACGGAUCCCAACACAAGGUGGCGGCAAAUGGCUGGACCUACCUAGUGAAGGCGUGGACACAGAGAAACAAUUGCACCCAACAAAAGACAGUUCCUUAUCUUGACCUAACAAGGCUCCGGUUUUGCUCCAGCGGUAAAACUUCAGCGAUACAGGCGGGGUAUCCAGGCUAAGUGAGCAGGCAGAGAGUCAGGCAAGGGGGGGAAAGACAAGGAGGGGAACAGACAAUCCAGCCGGGAAUCCCUGGUUUGCAGAGGUAUUUAUGUCUCAGCCACAAAAUGAGAAUCAUGUGCCUACAACAGAAACUGGGAAAAACCAGAAUCCCUGGAAUAAGGAACUAUGUACCAGACCGCGAACCGGAAUACAGACUUCACAGACCGGACCAUGACAGUAACGCACCCCCCCCCACCCCCAUGGGAGCCUCCCGGCGACCCAAAAGGCUUUUCCAGACUAUGGACGACAUGGGUGGGUGGGGGGGGGGGCAUUGAACAGGAGAGAACCAGGAAGGCGAGAGUGAAGCGGCAGUGUCUGUGUCGCUGGGUCCAAGUCUGGCUGGGCUGUUCUGUCACAAUGGGGGCGUUGGGAAUGGACCCAAAUGCAAGGCACAGACACUGAUGUACUAGGAACCAGACUAGGAAGUAGGGACCUGGGCUAGGACAUGGACAAGAAACAGGGAAACUGGACAAGGAACUAUGAACUAGGGGCCUGGGCUUGGACCCCGAGCCAGAGACUGGACAAGGACCCAGAAUCUGGAUCUUGGCUCAGGCCCCAGAACCAAGCAAGGACAUGACAUGACUGCGGGACUGGAGGCUGGGGUCUUGAGGCUCGAGGCUUGGAGAUUGGCUUGGGGUCUUUUGUCUUGGGUCUAGGGUAAUUCGAGGCUAGGGUAUGGACUCCGAGCCAGAGACUGGGCAAGGACUUAGAACCUGGGAUUUGACUCGGGCUCGGACUCCAGAACUAGGCGAGGACAAGACGAGGCUACAGGACUGGACGUGGCUUGGGUGAGUAACUCCUGGGUAGGGCGAGACACAAGGACAGGUAAAGGCACAUGGACAGGACUCAGAUAGGACUGGACGAGGGCCUUCAGGAGUACAGAGCCUUGGACUAGAAGAGACAGGAGCACAGAACACACAGCCAGGACCCCUCUUUGGGAACAGGAUGUAGGGCCAGGACUCAUACACAGAACACCAAACAUGACAAGACAGAUCCCAACACAAGGUGGUGGCAAAUGGCCGGACCCCCCUAGCGAAGGCGAGGACACAGAGACAGUUCCCAACACUAGGUAGCAGCAAACAGCCAGACCUACCUAGCGAAGGCAUGGACACAGAGAGACAAUUGCACCCAAUAAAAGACAGUUCCUUUAUCUUGACCUAACAAGGCUCCGGUCUUGCUCCGGCGCUAAAACUUCGGCGAUACAGGCAGGGUAUCCAGGCUAGGUGAGCAGGCAGAGAGUCAGGGGAAAAGACAAGGAGGAGAACAGACAGUCCAGCCAGGAAUCCCUGGUUUGCAGAGGUAUUUAUGUCUCAGCUCCAAAACAAGAAUCAUGUGCCUACAACAGAAACUGGGGAAAACCAGAAACCCUGGAAUAAGGAACUAUGGACCGGACCGUGAACCGGAAUAUGGACUUCAUGGAUUGGACCAUGACAACUACCUCCUUGUAUGUCCUGUCCAUCAACCCCUCAGCCUCCCAAAUGAUCCACAGUUUGUCCAGUUCCCUAACACAGUCUGUUAGAAGCUGUAGAUAAAUGCCCUUCUUGCAGAUAAAGUCGACAGAGGCCCUCCCACAUCCUGCAAGAGGAGCAUUUAUCAUGCCUGGCACUUCCUAUGCUCUAACUGUGCAAUAACGAAGAAAGAAAGAAAAAUUAAAUGAAAAUAAUCUACCUAUGGCCUUCACCUCUACUCACCAAAGCCUGGACUCCCCACUCUAACAAUGACCUAAUUAUGCACAAUCCAGUGCCUCCUUGGGAAGUGUAGCACACAGAAUGUGUCCACACUGUCCCAGGUCACUUCUUUUGAGCUUCCUCUCCCGCUACACAAUCCAAUGUCUCCUCAGGAACUGUGGCGCACAGGUGGACUAUCCAAAAUUCCCCACCAGAGGAAGGAUUGUAGCUCGAAACAAUUCCCUUAUCAGCUUCCAGCCCUGUACCCAAUCCACACUCCUACCUGUAACACCUACACACCCGACAUCCCUCACUGGUACACGCUGCACACCCCACUGACACCCCACACUCCUACCUGUAACACCUACACACCCCACACCCUCAUUGUAACACUGACACACCCCCAACACUGUAACUCUCUGAUACACUCUGUGUCCCUCACUGCGAUAUUAAAUGCAAAUUCACAGGGAUGUGGUACACAAUUAUUCAUCAUAUCACUUUUGUUCCUCUUAUUGUAACAUGCUUGGAUAGAUGUGUAAGAAAUUACAAAAAAAAUUUAUUAAUCAACGAUCUUGUGUUCAACUGAUUGUUAUGCUCUCCAUACAAAGAAAUUUGAUCUGCUGUUUAAUGUGUAUGAUUCCCAAUAAUAACAUUUAAACUUGAUUUGAUUCUUAUUUUU